AUGAGCGCUGUUGAUGUGGGCUCACACGCUAUACUACCUCCAGAUGAAGAAGAGCUACUUUUAAGUAGGUUGGUUUUCGGAGAUACCGCCGAUUUUCAUGCGAACCUGUCGCAAAUCAAAUUUUUAGGCGAUGAGCUUGCCAACGAAGAGGAGAUUGACAUGAUAGAAGCUGACAGUGAGGCAGGAGAGGAAGAUGACGGAGAAGAGGCUAACAUAGACCGCAUGAACGACGAUCAGCUUUUUUUCGUCGACGAUGGUGCGGCUAACGAGCAGUCAGAUCAGAUGGCCGUGGAUGCUAGCGAUAGUGAUAAUGACAGUGGUGAGAUUGCAAGUGAAGACGAAAGUAGUGACAAUGCCUGGUCUGAUUCCGAUGAUGAUCGCGUGGAUGUGGCUGUCACAACUACAAACAGAACAAAGAAACUGCGGACCUCGUACACAGAGGGACGCAUCAAGGGCAGAGACUACGUCUUGCGUCUCAGAGCACAAUUCGAAAAGAUAUACCCUCGACCAACAUGGGCUGAUGCACUCAGUGGAAGCGAAGAGCUGGACGCUCAUGGAAGCGAUUCUGACAAUGAAGGAGAACACGAGCAAGUGAUCAACGGAGAUCUCAAUGCGCUUUCCAGAAUUUUACAAAACACUUAUACCUACCAAGACACCUCGAAUCGUUUACUACCGCCCAAAACGCUGGAUAUUACUCGUUUGAAAGAUGCGAAUGCAGUGCACCCUUCGCGCGCGGCCGUACAAUCACUAUCUUUCCACCCUCUCAAGCCACUUUUGUUGACUGGUGGUUACGAUCGCACAUUGAGGAUCUACCACAUUGACGGAAAAACCAACCAUCUGGUGACAAGCUUGUAUCUGACGGGAACUCCUGUCCAGACAUGCUCGUUUUAUGUAACACCCUCGCAUGAGGAACAAAAAAUUUUUACCGGUGGUAGACGUCGCUAUAUGCACUCGUGGGACAUUUCGUCUACUAGUGCCAACCAACAAACAAAAAUCGAGAAAAUAUCCAGAAUGUACGGCCACGAAGACACGCAGAGGUCUUUUGAAAAUUUCAAAAUGGGCCACCUGUGCAAUAAGGAUGGCCAGUCGCACGGCAUUAUACUGCUCCAAGGUAACAACGGCUGGGUGAACGUCUUGCAUGCAACAACGGGUGUAUGGAUUACAGGGUGCAAGAUUGAGGGUGUUUUGGUGGACUUCUGCUUGGACUACAGACCAGUAUCCAAGAUCAAGUUCCAAACGAUUUUGAUAAUGGUCAACACAUAUGGUGAAAUCUGGGAAUUCGAUUUGGCCAAACAGGGCGAAGUGCUGCGCAGAUGGAAGGACGAAGGCAGUGUCGGCGUUACUACUAUCCAGGUGGGUGGUGGCAACAACUCGGCUCAACUCUUGCCUUACAAAAAGAUAAGACAAAACAGAUGGUUGGCUAUCGGUAGUAGCAGUGGUUACGUGCACGUAUAUGACCGUAAUUCUAGCGGCAGUGAGCCUAUCGCAAAGCUGGAUCAGCUAACCACGCCAAUAUCGUCACUAGCAUUUUCUCCCGAUGGCCAAAUACUCUGCAUGGCAUCCAGGGCUGCCAAAGACGCCCUCAGAUUAGUGCAUUUACCAUCAGGGAAAGUAUUCUCCAAUUGGCCAACCAGUGGUACGCCAUUGGGCAAAGUUACUAGCGUUGCAUUUUCCCCUCGUGGCGAAAUGAUUGCUGCGGGAAACGAGCAAGGUAAAGUGAGACUGUGGAGGCUGAACCACUACGUCUAA